GAUGCAGGCUGACAACAGGGACAGGGGACCUGCUGCUGGCGCCGCCGCCGGCCAGGGCAAGACGCCGACAAUCUGCAGCAGGCUCCAGAGAGCCUUCCAGGCCCGUCCGGCGUUCCGGCCUCUCCUCCGCCUGACGGGCCACUCUCAGGACGGCGGAGCUGCCACUACCGGGGGAGAGCCUGCCACGACGCAUGGUGGUGCACCAACUCCGAUUGUGCUGCCGGCACAUGCGCCGGCGCCAUCUCACGUAGGCAAAGCUCCUAAACCCCCGGCACCGGUGACGCACGGUGGUGCACCGCCUCCUAUUGUGCUGCCGGCACAUGCGCCGACGCCAUCUCCAUCAGGCAAAGCGCCUAAACCUACGGCACCGGUGGUCACGCUCCCCGCGGUGCCCGGGAAACCGCAUGCUGGCAAGGUCCCCACGAGCGCUUCUACUAACCUGAGCGCAACCGCAAACAAGGUUGGCGAGAAGGUGGCAGGGUGGAUGCCGGCGCCGGCCAAGGGAGGUGACAAGCCUGCUGGCAAGGUCCCUGCGACGAGCACUCCUACUACCCUCAGCGCAACCGCAAACAAGGUCGCCGAGAAGGUGGCAGGGUGGAUGCCGACGCCGGCCAAGGGAGGUGACAAGCCUGCUGGCAAGGUCCCCGCAAGCAGUACUCCUACUACCGUCAGCGCAACCGCAAACAAGGUCGCCGAGAAGGUGUCAGGGUGGAUGCCUGUGCCCACGCCGCCAGCGGCUGUCACGACCGAAAGGCCGCCUGCGGACGCCAAAGCCGAGGACAAAGCGCAGCAGACCAAGGGGAGGGUCAGGGUGAGCUCCAGGGUCCGCAAGGCCUUGAGCUCGUCCAAGUAGGGAGAUGAUCACCUGAAUCACCAGUUCACCACUCACCAGGCUGCAUCUGGAAAGUCUGGUUACUGUACUUCUGUAUUUUGCUACCACUGAUUUCAGCUACGAUGUGCGUUUUGCUGCAAUUCCAGAUUUUUCUUUCUUGCUAA